AUGUGGUUGUGGGAGAAGGAACGAAGACCCUUCCUUGCCUCAGAAUGUACUGAGCUACCUAAAGCUGAGAAGUGGAGACGACAGAUCAUUGGAGAGAUCUCUAAAAAAGUGGCUCAAAUUCAGAAUGCUGGCUUAGGUGAAUUCCGAAUUCGUGACCUGAAUGAUGAAAUUAACAAACUUCUAAGAGAGAAAGGACACUGGGAGGUCCGGAUAAAGGAGCUGGGCGGUCCUGAUUAUGGAAAAGUUGGCCCUAAAAUGCUGGAUCAUGAAGGGAAAGAGGUCCCAGGAAAUCGAGGUUACAAAUACUUUGGAGCAGCAAAAGAUUUGCCUGGUGUUAGAGAACUAUUUGAAAAAGAACUCAGAGCUGAAUUAGUGGAAAAAUGGAAAGCAGAGAGAGAGGCCCGGCUGGCAAGAGGAGAAAAGGAAGAGGAGGAGGAAGAGGAGGAAGAGAUCAACAUCUAUGCAGUCACCGAGGAGGAGUCUGAUGAGGAAGGCAACCAGGAGAAAGGAGGAGAAGACGGGCAGCAGAAGUUUAUUGCUCAUGUCCCUGUGCCAUCACAGCAAGAGAUUGAGGAGGCACUUGUGCGAAGGAAGAAGAUGGAACUCCUCCAGAAGUAUGCAAGUGAGACCCUGCAGGCCCAGAGUGAAGAGGCCAGAAGACUUCUGGGAUAUUAGGGCUCAGUGAGAGCUAUCCUUAGGGUCUGGAAAUCUCCUCGGAGUCCUUCACUCCCCAGCUCAUGCUUGCAUUAAUCCACAGAGCUCUGUUGUCCUGGGAUUUCAGAUUAGCAGGCUAGUGCUGCGAGGCUUCCUGCUAUUUCUUACUGUUUAUUCUCCUCUUACCUUUUCUUACCUCAUCUACUGAUCUCAGGGGAGAAGUCUGCCCCAUCCCUCCCUGACAGGCUAUCUACAUGCUAAACACUUCAGCCAUCACCUUUGUACAAAUGUUUUGCUACUGUAUCAACUCACUUAUUUUUAUCUUCAGUGUGCAAAAUAGGCUGCUAACUGGCUGCCUGUAAGUGUUUUAUUUAGCCUUCUACUGUCAUUUGGCAGGAGGGCGAUCAAUUAGUUACUACUGUUAAAAAAAUGUGGUUUUUUUCUAAAAAGACAUAUUUUUAAUUACUCUAGAAAAAUGAGAUGUGUCAACCCUGAGCCCACAUCCCACAUGUUAACAGCCAGCCAUGGUUGUCCUUUUUUGGACUGGACACAGUUCUCCAUGGCCUAGUCAGCCUGCCCCAUUCCCUCCUGCUCACUUGGCAGGAAACUUAGUUUGCUACUUCUGUUUUAUUACUGGUUCUACAGAGAGCUAUUAAAGAUUUUUGUAUGAAAGAAAAACC